AUGUCUGCCUCUGUCAAGUUUACCGGCCUUCUGGCCUUCGCCUCCGCUGUCGUGGCUGUUCCUCACUACCAGCACAACAAGUUCCACCACAGGGCUGCCUACCCAACCGGCGGAUGGGGUGGUGCCUACAACAGCACUGCUGUUGCUGGUGCUACUGGUACUGGUGUCUACGGCGAUGACAAGACUACCACCCUUGACACCACUUCUACCUCCACGGCGACUGAGUACUCGACCAUCUACGUCAAGCCUACCGGCAUGGCUGGAGACAACAAGCAGGUCGAUGCCGCUGAUGCCUCCACUGGUGUCUGUGGCGCAACCGUCACCGUCACUGCUUCCGAGAAGGUCACCGUCACUGUCACUCCCGGCGGUGGCGCUGGUGUCCCUACCUCAUCUCCUGUUGCCGCCGAGUCUUCCGCUGACAACGGAUAUGGAGUCCCCGUCGUUGAGUCAAGCUCUGCGGCCGCUGAGUACCCCGCCGCUACCCCAACAGAGGCGACCUCUUCAUCUGUUGUCGAGACUCCUGUCGAGACUCCCGUAGCUGAGACUACCACCUCAAAGGCGGCUGAGUACCCUGCCCAGACCCCCGAGGCCUCUGUCUCAUCCGAGACUCCUCAGAUCACUGCAUCCUACGCUCAGAAGCCCGUCGAGAAGGCUAGCUCAGCUGUCUCUUCCGCGGCUCCUUCCCCCACUGCUGCCACUGGCAACAGCUACACUGGUGAAAAGCGCGGUCUCGCCUACAACGAAGCUCACCUCUGCACUACUUUCGGCAGCAAGUUCGGUUUCGCUUACAAUUGGGGGCAAACCGAGACCAGCGAUAUCGGGACAAAUUUUGUGCCUAUGAUGCAUGGUCCUACCAAGUCCUCCGCCGACGAGUGGCUCGCCAACGUUGGCAAGGCCGUCAAGAAGGGUUCCACUGCUGUUAUGGGUUUCAACGAGUGCGAUCACUCCGCCCAGUGCAACAUGGAGCCCGAAGCUGCCUGCGCCGCCUGGAAGGAAUACAUGAACCCUGUCAAGCAGGCUCACCCUGAGAUCACCAUCGUCGGUCCCUCAGUCACAAAUGGCCCUGCCCCCAUGGGUCUCGACUGGCUCAGCCGCUUCAACGACUGCUGCCCCGACGCUGUCGUCGACGCAACCAACAUCCACUUCUACGACAUCUACGACGAGAAGACCAUUGACCGCUUCCAAGCUCAGGUUGAGAAGGCUGCUUCUCUCACCGGAAAGAAGGUCUGGAUCACCGAGUUCGGUCUUAACCCCGGCUCUGCUUCCGAGGAGCAGGCUGCCAGCUUCCUCAAGGACGCCAUGGCCUACCUCGACGGCUCCGACAAGGUCCAAGGUUACUCCUGGUUCAUGGUCGGCGAUGGUGAGAACCAGCUCAACUCUGGCAAUGGCCUCUCGGCUAUUGGCAAGGUCUACGCUGGUGCCGCUUAA